AUGGCGUCCGACGGUGCAAAGUGGAGUCAGGAUGAAACUAGUGCACUUAUAGAUGCUUUCAGUGAUGCAAAGACGACAGCAGAGCCCAUGACGACAAACAAAGAUUUAUAUUCCUCAAUCAAAGGCCUCCUUGAGCGAAACAAUGACAUCCAAAGGACAGCGAAGCAGAUAGAGACAAAGUUAAAGAAACUGAAAUCCGGGUACAGCAAAUUGAAAGAUAGGAUGAAAAUAUCAGGAGCAGAGCGACCGUAUGAUUCAAAAGCUCUUUCAAGCCAGGAGAAGGCAGCAUUUCAGCACUGGGAUAAGCUUGACCGUAUUUUGGGUAGGUUGAGUUAUGUUUGUGUAACAAAUAGAAAGUUAUGCACUUGUGAUUGUCAAGUUCAAGUGAAGCAUUUGUGAACUUUGACCGCAACCUUUACGUGUCAUAACUUUGAAAAUGCAAAUAUUUAUAUGGAGGGAAGUACCUGUUUAUAUAUAGCACAUGUGAAGAUUUUAAUAUACAAAAUUUCAAUGGACUAUUAAAAUGUUAACAGAUUUGAAGAGGAAAGAAUUACUGUCAUUACCUUCUUCAUGGUGAUAAUCCUGAUAAACCACUUCAUUGGAUAAAACACAAAAAUAGCUCUUAGCCCUACUUUGGGAAUUUUCCUGCCCCAAGUAAAACUUAAACUUUCUUAUUUCAUUAUUUUCAUACACAAGGUAAACCAAAACUACUCUGUUAUAUUUAGGUGGGAUAUCAAAACAGAUCCUCUUUGAUUUUUGUUAUCAAUAAAAUGGUAUGCUUGUCAUUCAGGAACACACCCUGUUGAAGACCCUCCAGAGGAACAUUUGCUCGAAAGCUCAGCCACAGGAGAAUGUGUGGAUGCACAAUCAAAUGCUGAAGUAAGAGUAGCAGAAUCAGGUACAGAAGAACCAACUGCCGUUAUUGCAGCAUCAGAACCAAAUACAAGAACAAGUACAGCUGAAGCAAAUUCUCAGGCUACUCAUCCAUCAAAAACACCAAAGAGAAAGAGUGGUAGGGCAUGUAAACCUAAGAAAAAACCUCGCCUGUGCGAUGUAGUGGAACAAUCCAAUGAGCAAAUGAGACAGAUGCAGGAUUACAUGCAGAAUAAUUCAACUACACCCGAGGCACGAUCUAAAGAAAGAGAAGAAGACCGAGAAUUUUUUCGCCACAUGUUUGGUAUGAUGUCGCAAACUAUGAUGGGCAUGACCCAAAUGCUACUUCGAGGAGCUGGUCCAGGAUAUCAUCCACCAAACCAGGUAUAUGCUCCUCAAAGUGUCCAGCCAAACUACAGUUUUCUACCCAGUGGCAUGGGUUUUGGUUUUGAUACUCCAUCAGCAAGACCAUCAUCAUCAAGCUCAGUUACAAGUGAUCCAUCAUCAGUUGAAGAAAACGACUAUUUUACCUUAUAG